AAUUGCUGGGAGGAAGAGGGGAUUUCGGUGGCGAUGCGGAGAAAAGGCUAUUCUGACCGAUGGUGUCAGGUAUUAGUCAGAGGAGGACUUGUAGUGUCAUGGCAGAUUGAAUGGCCAGGAUCAAAAGGAAACCCAAAGGCAGAAGAUCUACCGCUGUCAACGUUUAUUCAUUUCCGUCCUUGUUAUUAUUUCUAUAUUCAACUUACUCUCUGUAACCUCAGGCUAUAUAAGGGGUGGUAACUAGAGGAGAUGUAUCGAUCAACUAUUCAGCCAAAUAUUGGUUAUUAUCAAUACAAGAAUACCUUUACAUACAUACACCAUAUACACAAGUUCCUCACUGUUCUUGGUGAUUUCAUACUUUUCCCCAAUUUCUUGUUCUUGAUCCACUUCAAAUCCAUGGCUGAUCCAUCCGGGAUCUGACAGAUGGACCCCGCAAUCGAUGCUAAACUUUUUUUUUUUGGAUGAACAGGGAGGCUCCUCCCUGGUUCCAUUAGCAGAAUGAAACCAAAAUGGUCUCUGUCUCAUACAUCAGCUCACUGAAAAGAGCAGUUCAGUAAAAGGAGAACUGAAAGUAGAGAUGAGUUCUUCUCUGUUCGCCACGAGCGCCAUGGAGGCUCCCAUGAGCUCUUCCCUGGGUGCCAUGGGCCCCCUUCUCAGGAAGCUGCAUUCGCUGCUAGACCCCGACCACCGGCUGCCCAAGCCACUGAAGCACGGAAUCGGGCUCCUCAAGGAAGAUUUGGAAGAAUUAAGCGCCGGCCUGUUGGAGCAGUCAAUGGCGGAUUCCCCCAACCAGAAGGCAAUGUACUGGAUGGAUGAGGUGCGUGAACUUUCCUAUGAAAUAGAGGACUGCAUUGACGACAUGAUGCUGAGGCACACCGGCAAUGGCGUCAAGACCAGACCCGUCCGCGGCCACAGGGUCAGUCGUGUCAAGGUGUCUCGGCUUUUCAAGUCGUUGAAGCCGUGCACAAGGGUUUCCAAGAUCGCAGAGCUCAGGACCCUGGUGCUGGAGGCAAGUGAACGGCGUGAGAGGUAUCAUCUUGAUGACUGUGCCUCGAGUUCUAGCCGUGUGUUCACUGGGCACAAUCGGGUUCCAGGCCUAUAUGGACAUGCGACGGAUUUCCUUGUUGGUGUCGAUGACCUGAAGAUUAAGCUUACCAAGUGGCUUACUGAGGAUGCUGAUCAACAACUGAAAGUGGUGUGUAUAGAUGGACCUGCAGGGGUUGGCAAGACCACGCUGGCUAAGCAACUGUACCGUGAGCUUGGAGGGCAGUUCGACUGCUGGGCUUUUGUGCGGGCAUCGCGAAGGUCUGACACAAAGAGACUACUUGGGGACAUCCUCUCUCAAGUUCAGUGUUGUCAGUUACCCUCUUAUUUCUGCGAGGUGCAAAAUCUCAUUGGCAAUCUCAUGAAAUAUCUCCAAGAUAAGAGAUACUUUAUAGUAAUUGAUGAUCUGUGGGAAACAACAACAUGGGAUAUUGUUAAAAGCGCUUUUCCAGAUGGUAAAAAUUACAGUAGAAUAAUGACAACAGCAGAAACUGACAGUGUAGCUCUGGAAUGUUGUGGUUAUCAGUCUGAUAAUAUUUUGAAAAUGAAACCCCUUGGCAGCCAUGCCUCUGCAGAAUUGUUCUUCAGUAUUGUUUUUGGCUCUGAACAUCUGUGUCCUGAUCAAUUGAAGGAAGUUUCAGAUAGAAUCAUUAGAAAGUGUGGUGGUUUGCCACUAGCAACCAUCUGUAUUGCUGGUCUCUUAGCAAGUCAGACGGAUAACUCUGAGCUAUGGCAUCAUCUGCAGAAAUGUUUAUGCUCCAAAUUAAGUACAAGUCCUACUUUGGAAGAGAUGCUGAAAGAAGUACUAAACCUUAGCUACAGUAGUCUUCCUUAUUAUUUGAAGACAUGCUUGCUGUAUCUUACUAUGUAUCCGGAGGGGUACACGAUGUGGAAGGUUGAUUUGUUGAAGCAAUGGAUAUCUGAAGGUUUCAUUGCUGCAAAGGAAGAAAAAGAGGUAGAGGAAAUUGCAGAUAGCUAUUUUUAUGAGCUUGUCAACAGGGGAAUGAUCCAACCUGAGCAAAUUAACCAUAAUGAUGAGGUGUAUUCCUGUACAAUGCACCACACUGUACGUGAUCUUAUUAUGUUCAAGUCCAAAGAAGAGAAUUUUAUCACUUCCAUAGAUUAUUCAAAAGCCAUCACAGGACAUUCUAAUAUGGUCCGUCGACUUUCUCUCCACUUUAGCAGUGCCAAAUAUGCGACCAAGCCAUCAGGUGUAAUACUGUCGCAAUCGCGAUCACUUUUCUUUUUUGGACUUCUCAGAUGUUUUCCUUCUGAUGUGGAGUUUAAGUUGCUGCGAGUUCUGACCCUUGAGUUUUGGGGCAACCAAUAUGGGCAUACGAAUCUCGACCUCACAAGAAUUUGCAGUUUGGUUCACCUCCGAUAUUUGAAGAUUUCAUGCAAUAUGAUUGUAGAACUACCAGCCCAGAUGCAUGGACUACGAUACAUGGAAACACUGGAAAUAAAUGCAAGAAUAUCUUCUGUUCCAUUGGAUAUCAUUGAUCUCCCAGGCUUAUUGCAUCUAUCUCUCCGAGAUGAGAGAAAUCUACCUGAUGGGAUUGGCCGCAUCAGAUCUCUGCGUACACUACAGUAUUUUGACCUUGGCAAUAACUCUGAAGACAAUGUACUGAGCCUCGGUAGCUUGAUGAACCUGCAAUAUCUUCAUCUCACCUAUUCCACAGUGCAGUCUGAUGAGCACCUGAAGAGAAAUAUGGUAGCUUUGGCCUCUUCUGUUAUCAAGCUUGUUAACCUCAAAUCUGUCAUUCUGGCUCCUGGAGCUUUAAGCACAGCCAUUUACCAUGAUGUCUUGAGCAGCGUUUCCUCUCCUCCUGUCUUUCUUCAGGGUCUUCAGAGACUUGAUUUGUUGCCCCCAAUUUGCAUGUUUUCCAGGGUUCCCAAGGAUAUUGGAGUAGUUCGCAAACUUUGCUAUUUGAGUCUUGUGGUCCGUGAACUACGAAGGAAUGAUAUUGACAGCAUCACAGGAUUGCCUGCCCUCACUGUUCUUUCAUUGUAUGUCCGACAACCCCCUGCAGAAAGCAUCAUCUUCAACAAUGGGUCAUUCCCUGCUCUCAAAUAUUUCAAAUACAUGUGCGGUGUACUGUGCCUGGCCUUCCAGGAAGGAGCAUUGCCCAAUGUUCUUAGGCUCAAGCUAGGUUUCAAUGCCCGCAAAGGACAGCAGUAUGAUGUUUUGCUUGCCGGCAUUCAGCACUUGGUAAACCUGAAGAAGAUUGAUGGAAUAAUUGGGGCAGCAGAGGGUGCUGAGGGACCUGACAGAAGUGCUGCAGAGUCUGCGUUCAAGGACACCAUUCACAAGCAUUCAAAGUUUCCUAGUUACGUCAACGUAAAAAGGGUAGAUUGGGUUGAGGAAGAGAACGAGCCAAGGACCCAAGUUAACAGCUCACCAAAAUGUCAUGAAAUUCUACAAAAACAGCGUGGGGUAAAUGAGACCGAGGAAGAUACAAAGCAGUUUGCUGAUAGUGGGGUGAAGAAUCAGAUCAUGCAGGUGUCUCCUCAGCAUAUGGAUUUAUGCCCAGACGAUACAAAGCUGACUAUGCCUAGUAGCAACAGAACGUCAUUUCCUGAAAAGUUACAGGAUAAUAUUGCAGCUGAAGCAGUGAGCUUUUCAUCUACUACAUCAUCUGCUCAAAGUCCACAGUCGUGGUCAGCUCCAUCAUCUCACCACUCUUUACCUGAAACAUAUGCAUGGGACCCAGAGGGAUCUCCUUGGUCAAGGGCAUUGAGUAGUCCUUCUCUUACGCCAAAGAAUACCAGUGCCCCUCAAUCAGCUAUGCACCCGAUGUUAUCUCCAGAAGACCAUGUUUCACGUACUGAAGGCACCCGGAGUACUGGCUAUUUUCACCCCUUAGCACUUCCUCCCAGUGCUAGCAACCAGCCCGCUCCAAAAGUUGAAAUGUCCUUAGUAGGUCAAUGGCAAAAGAGCAAACUUAUAGGUAGUGGUACAUAUGGUGAUAUAUAUGAAGCUACCAACAGGCACACUGGAGCUCUUUGUGCAGUUAAAGUGAUCAGUAUAAUUCCUAAUGAUUCUAGAUCUGCUGAUUCCUUGAAGCAAUUAGACCAGGAAAUAAAGCUUCUAAGCCAAUUUAAGCACGAGAACAUAGUUCAGUAUUAUGGUAGCGAAACUAUAGAAGGCCAACUCUACGUUUACAUGGAGUAUGUUCAUCCUGGUUCAAUUAAUAAGUAUAUCAAACAACAUUGUGGAGCGAUAACAGAAUCGAUUGUCUGCAACUUCACUCACCAUAUUCUUAGGGGUUUAGCAUUUUUGCAUGGCCAAAAUAUUAUGCAUAGGCUGCUGCAGUGUUUACGAUUUUGCAUAAGAACCCACCGCUUCCUGACAAUUUAUCACACGAGGCAAAGGAUUUUCUGGAAUGCUGUUUCAAGAGGAAUCCAGCAGUGAGGCCAAGCGCAAGCGAGUUGUUGAACCAUCCGUUUAUCAGGAAUUCAAGUCAUUACAGCAAGCAUGUUAAAGAAGUCAUUAUUACAGGCUGUGAGGAAGUCGUUCGAGCAAGCUGUGACCCAUCCUUAACAGGGAAAACUGCAACUGGUGGAGGAAAUGAUGCCAGGUCUUCCGAAUCAUUAGUUUCACAAUUAACUCUGCAACCAGUCCAGGAAAUUGAGAGUGAGGAUGAGGAGCAUGAUGAUGAGGCUGAGGAUGAAUCUGAACAUGAAGUGGAAACUGCGGAUCCUGAUGUCGCUGCAGCGGCACCUAAAGAGACAGAAAGGCAGCUGUCUAAAAAGGAGUUGAAAAAGAAGGAACUGGCUGAAAUUGAUUAUGUGUUAGCUGAGUUGGGGAUUUCUGAAAAUGAGGCUGAUGCUGAACAAGAUG